CGGUAGUCAGUACACCCUAGGCUAAGCUCUGUGCUAAAUUCUUUUUCUCUUAUUAUGCUUACUUGAAGGUUGUAAAUGAAUUAAGACUCCUGCCUCAUGGUCAAUGUCUUGAGCACGUACACGGCUAACUGGCUAAGACAUGUUUUAUUCGUUUUUGAAUCGAGUUACUCAUAACUUUUUACUUGUAAAGCUUGCUCCAUUAUUGAGCUUGAAUCUGAGCAUAAGGUUUUCGGUGUUUAUCUUGAUUAAUGAUCAAAUUAAGUACUCAGUACUUUCUAAAUGAGCCAAGGUUGAACAAAUUGUUGAGCUUAAUUUCAAACUUGAGUUUUGACAAAUUACCUAAAUUUGAACAUGUAAAACAGCUUUGCUACCCUUAAGUUUUAUUAAAGAAGUCAUUUUAGUAUUGCAUCAAUAUAUUUAAUAGUACGAAGUAAGAACUAAUAUUAAUAUUUUUUUUUAAGUUAGUUAAUUAGAGAAAUUAUUAUGAAUACUAUAAAGUGGAGGGAACAAUAGUUGAAGCAUUUUGACCCUAAACUUUUAAACUUUAUAACAAGGAAACACUUAUACAGUGUAUUAUAAAAUAAAUAUUUUUUAUUAAAAAAAAAAAAAAAAAAAAAAAAAAAAAAAAAAAAAAAAGGUGUUAUAUUCAAUUAAAGAAAAUAAAAAUAAAAAAGCAUCUAGUUGGGAAAGUCAAGGUGAUCUUUACCCAUGACACGUGGAUAUCCAACCAUAGACGUGCCUACCUUAAAAAACAUCACGUGUAAAUGUUGUAAUUUUUUUAAUUUUUUUUUAUACUUUUAACUUUUCUUUAUUUUUCCCCGAUUUUCUCAACUUUCUAACAAAGACAAAUCUCAUAUUCUUAUCUCAUACAUUUUUAUUUUUGUUGUUGUUUUCAAUUCCAAAAAUUAUAAAAAUAAAAAGGAAAACUUUAUUAUAUUAAAAAAAUAUACAAGAAGCUUCAAAUUAUGCGACGAACAAAGGGUUUGAUGGCGAUAGAAGAAAGUGAUAAUUAUUUAUUAGCGAGAGAUUUGUUGAAUAAGAUGAUGAUGAUGGAAGAUGGUCUUAAUAAGAGUCCUAACAAAGAUGUUUAUUAUUAUACACUUUGUGCUUCUUAUGCUUUGGUAGCCAUCAUUGCUUUGGUGCAACUUGUCCGAAUACAAAUGCGAGUACCAGAAUAUGGAUGGACGACACAAAAGGCCUUUCACUUGAUGAAUUUCGUUGUAAAUGGGUUGAGAGCCAUUCUUUUUGGAUUGUACAAAAAAGUGUUUCAGAUCAGGCCGCAUACUCUUGAACUCGUGCUACUCGAUUUCCCGGGACUUCUCUUCUUUUCCACUUACACAUUGCUCGUGUUGUUUUGGGCAGAGAUUUAUCACCAGGCAAGAUCCCUACCCUCUGACAGACUUAGACCGGCAUAUUAUGCUGUAAAUGGGAUAGUUUAUGUCGUUCAGAUAAUUAUAUGGAUUUGCAUGAGGCUCGUCAAAAGCUAUGCAGCUCUCCAGGUGGCAAAACUCUUUUUAUCCGUUAUUUCAUUUAGUGCGGCUUCUGGAUUCUUGGUAUACGGUGGAAGGCUGUUCUUUAUGCUGAAGCGAUUUCCUAUUGAAUCUGUAGGCCGUCAAAAGAAGAUCUAUGAAGUUGGAGUAAUAACCGCGAUAUGCUUCACAUGUUUCUUAAUUAAAUGCUUAGUGGCUGCUGUUUCUGCGUUUGAUGAUGAUGCUGAUGUUGAUGUCGUCGAUCAUCCUUUAGGAAAUCUUCUUUAUUACAUGGUGGUUGAGAUUGUUCCUUCUGCUCUAGUGCUCUUUGUUCUUCGAAGGCUACCUUCAAGACGCGUUUCUGAUCAGUAUCAAGCCAUCCAAUGAAGUGGUCCUCUUAUUUUUGGCCUGAUGAUUGGGGUUAUCAAGUCGGUGACAAGAUGCAGAAGCCAUUGGACAGACAGUCUUAAUUUGCAUUUUAUUGUCCUCUGUGGUAUAGGAUUUACAAAUAUAGUAUUUCAUAGAGAUACCCUGGCUUGGCAAUGGACAAUGGCAGCAGAAUAUGCUUUGUUAAAUAAAUUUUCCCCACUUAGAAAAUGAGAAAUUCGAAUCAUACAUGCAUAUUUAGAUUAGAUAAUUUGCAAAUAAAUACUGAUUCUAUUUCAAAAGUGUGUAUAUU